CCUCAACCUGAGCCUGACACCAAUUGCUGCUCCAAUGGCUGCGACCAUUCCCAACCACGCCUUUCGAUCAUGUCUACAUAUCUCCCGCCGUAGUUUAAUACGAGCCGCACCGUUCAUACGUCAACAACGAGCGCCUCUACCAUUGCAAGCAAUCCGCUUCACCUCCGCUACCUCCGCUCAUCCCAAUGCUUCAAAAUCCUCGGUCGACCCCUCGGAGGUCUCCCACUUCAAUGCGCUCGCAUCCAGCUGGUGGGACCCACACGGCCCUUCACGACUCCUCCAUCUCAUGAAUCCUCUGCGGCACGAAUUCAUUUCCCGUUGCCGUUUACGCACACCCGGACUCGAUACCGAGAAAUUGCGAUAUCUAGACAUAGGCUGUGGUGGCGGCAUUUUCGCGGAAUCAGCAGCUCGGCUGCCAAAUACAAAGUCUGUCACUGCGAUUGAUCCUACGCCCGAGGUUCUCAAGGUGGCGGAGCUGCACAAGAAGCGCGAUCCGGCUCUCCAAGCUCCGGGGAAACUCACAUAUCUCAAUGCCUCGAUCGAGUCGCUACCUAAGCCGGAGUCACCGUCGGAUGGAUAUGAUGUCGUUUCUGUUUUUGAAGUGCUUGAGCAUGUCAAUGAGCCCGCUCCGUUCCUCGAGCAGGUCAUGCAGCAGGUGAAGCCUGGUGGUUGGUUGGUGAUGUCCACGAUUGCUAGGACUUGGACAAGCUGGAUGGUAACCAACGUAAUGGCGGAGGAUGUUCUGGGAAUAGUACCAAAAGGAACGCACGAUUGGAGCAAGUAUGUCAAUGAAGCAGAAUUGAGGGAUUGGCUCACGAAGAAGGGUUGGGGAAAGAAUGGAGCGAUGAAGACAAUGGGAGUGAUGUAUGUUCCCGGUUUGGGAUGGAAAGAGGUCACUGGAAGUGAAGGCUGGGGCAACUACUUCAUCGGCGUAAGGAAAGACGAGUGAUGGAGACCAUUAUGCGGCAUACAAAAACACUGAACGGGUGUUCAUGGUAACUGAGAUACCCUUAUAUCAAAAUGUACAACAUCGAAUAUUCAACGCUGUCCAUUCUUGCACACGUUUCCUGCAGGCUCAAUAUGCGUGCGGGCUCUUUCCUAUCAUCCUGCAGUAUAUCCUAUAGCACAAUUGUUGUACAUUUAUCUCAUUUCAAAUCAUAAACGCCUUAUA